UAUCCCCCACGUCUCUGACAGCACAUGUGUGGGUACGCCGUAAUUCACAUUUGUGCGGGAUAGCUGGCUAUAAUAUAUAUAUCAGGUCUCUGUUCGUCUGCCCAGAAACAACCAGUUGCUUAAUGGCCUUUUGCAGUCAAACCUGGCUUCCCAUCAGCCUCUUUGUCUCUGCAAUACAGUUCCUGGAAAAACAACUUUUUGUAUUGGUGAAGUGGUACGAUAUAUAUAUCUACACUCCAAUUGAACGUUUCACGUCCCCAGUGGUGUCGCGAAUUCCUCGUUACAUUACAUUCGGAGAGCACCAAUAUGUGGUGUUUAGUGCCAACAUAGUAUCCUGGGUGAGAACUCUACUGGUAGUACCAAUUGCUAUUUAUUUGAAGUGUGGUCAUUUUUCAACAUGCUUCUGGCUGGUCAUUUUGCAUGACUAUCUUGACCAUGUGGACGGUAUAGUAGCCAGGGUUCAGCGAGAGCACUAUGGUCCUGUUGACGACCCAAUUUUGGGUGGUUUCAUGGAUGCAUUCUGUGAUAAGAUUGUCAAUGUAUUUGCACUGUGGACUAUCCUACUGGUGUCGGACUUCAGCCUGCUGACCCCUGCCCAGUGUUGGGUUCUUUUCUUGUCCUGUGCAGUCAUCAUAGUCUAUGAAUUCACACUAGGUGUAGUCAGAGUUCAGGAUUACUUCCAUGCCCACUAUGCCAGGUUGAACAAAAAAUUCAAGAAGCAGCAGCCGUUUGCCACUGCGGCAGUAAUGGAGGGCAAACUAAAGGAGAAGCUUGAAUCCCUCGGCAUCGCUUUUCUGGCUCUGGCGCAGGGAGCACAUGGUGUACUGAACUAUUGGUCUGGAGUUGCCGGAGUGGUCUGCCUCGUACUUAGCAUUCGUCUGGCACAUGCCAGUUUGAGCAGAAAGUUAGAGGCUCGCAUAAAAGAAACCAAAGGAAACAAGUCACACCAUAAAAUUAAUGCCAGUUUAGCUGCCAUUGAUCUUCAUGAGAAAGAGGGAUGCUCCCACCGACCCCUGUAUAACGAUGAUGGGUCUAAGAAAGUUUAUCACAGAAAGAAACGUCCAGACGGAAAGCACAAAAAGAUUGAGGAAAAUGAAGAUGUUUUCAGAGGUAAAGAUCAGGAAGGGGCCACAGAAAACUUCUCACAUCUGCCUUACAGCCCAGGCAAUACAGGGGUGUCCACCUUUGAGUCAGAAACAGACACUGAGACUGACACAAGGAGGUCCAGAAGGUGGAAUAAAGGAACCAAAAUGGAGGACCAAAGGUCAGUCAGCGCACAAGUUAAACCAGAGGAUUUCAUUAAUGAUGAGUCAGGCAAUUCCACCACAAGUAAUGACUCAGCAUUUGUUAAAGAUGAGAAGGAAUCUGAUAAGUCAAGUGGAAGUGGGAGCAGUGGAAAGAAAGGUUACAUGUACCAUGGUAUAACAGUAAGGGUCAGAUGUUCUCAUCAGUGCAAACUCCAUAGAAAAUACUCAACAGGGUCUGACACAGAGGAGGAUGAGAAAGCCCUGUACCGCAUCCGGCGUCGCUCCCUGCCAAACAUAGACAUAGAUGGCAGGGUGGACAAGAUAUACUCCAUUGGUUGUUUUGAUCUGUUCCAUAGGGGCCACGUGGCAAUACUGCAGAAGAUGAGAAAUAUGGGUAAACAGGUUAUAGUUGGUGUUCAUGACAGCCGCAGCUACUAUAAACUGAAGAACAAAGUCCCCAUUGACCCAAUAGAAAAGCGCAUGCUGAACGUAAAGCAGUAUGCAGAUGUGGUCUACUGCAUCACCAGCACAGAUCCAUCCAACUUCAUCUCGUGUAUUGUGCACCUGUGUGAGGGGGAGACCGCCCUCUACAUCCGCGGGGAUGACAUGCAAAACUUCCCAUCCCGCCACGUGGUUGAGGCCCUGAUGCCAAUACGCUUCCUGCCCUAUACGCAAGGCGUGAGCAGUACCAAGAUCCGUAAAGAACUGUUUGCCAGGAUCAGGAGAGAUAGCAACGAGUGGCUGAGUGACGGAGCAGUCUGAAUGAAAGUCGCUGACAUUAUUAGGUGACGAUACAGGUGUCCUUUGAGUGAAAAUGAUUAUUAUAUUACAUGUAUAUAAAUAUAUACCAGUAUACAAGUAUAAUAAAUUAUGGCUCUUGCAUUUGGUAUUUAUCUAUAAUUUAUACAAUAGCAGAUUCAGAAGAACUACCUGCAGCAGUCUGCAUAUGAGUAUAGGAAAUACUUGCUGCUGCUCGCUUCUAGUCCAUGUCUUUUGGCUUGUGCUAGUCUUGCUAUGAUCAUCAUUUUUACAUGAUUUUAUCAAAUGCUUUUCACGUGUGAUGUAUUUCUAUAAGCACUGUGGC